CAAUCACGAAGUAACCAUGUUCAAAGCGAUAGUGACUGGCGCUACAGGCAUUACGGGCUCGGCUAUCGUGGACGCCUUAAAGAACUCGGCAGAGUAUUCCGAGGUCUAUACGCUAUCGCGAUCGCAGCAGUCUGAAUCUCAUUCGAAGGUUAAGCAUGGGACGAUCGACUUGCAGGAGACGGCAGAGAGCAUGGCGGAGUCCUUGACGCAUGUUCCCCCGGCCACCCAUAUAUUCUUCUGUGCCUACCUAGCUGACUCUGAUGAGGCGGCCGCUGCGCGCAUCAAUGGCGAGAUGCUCUCAAACUUUCUAGAAGCGUUGAAAAAGACAGGUCGGAUGGCGAACCUUCAGCGUUUCGUGUUGACGUGCGGGCUGAAGCAGUAUGGGGUGCACCUAGGACGACCCAAGAACCCCAUGAGAGAGGAUGACCCUGCGUCUCUCUUCUGGCUCGAGCAAGAUGACCGACCUCCUAACUUCUACUACACACAGCAGCGUAUUUUAGAAAAGGCCGCUGCAGAUUCCAUCAACAGCUGGAGUUGGACGGUUACCUACCCGCAGGACGUUGUCGGAUUCGCACGGGCCAACUUUAUGAACCUCAUGACAUCGCUGGGCUUGUACUGCGCUGUUAGUCGGGAGAUUGAGGGCUCCAAGCUUAUUUUCCCCGGAAAUAAGGAGAACUACCUGGCAUUCAACGACUGGACCUCUUCCCGACACCAUGCCAACUUUUGUCUCUGGGCGGCCACAUCGGAUAAUGCCAAGAACCAGCGUUUCAACGUCGUUAACGGUGAUGUUCAGAGCUGGCAAGAUCUAUGGCCACGCCUCGCGAAGCUCUGCGGCUGCACUAUCCCGGGAAGGAUGUUCCCAUCGCCAAACGAGGAGCGAAAAGCGUACCCAGGCUAUGAGAGCAGCACGGUGAAACUCCAUGAGCGACCACCAGUGACUGAGGUUGAAGCGAAGAUUGGUUUGAAGGGGGAGUUCAAAGCGGAUUCCUUAUACAAUCAGAUUGAUCUAACGAAAUGGGCUAAACGACCCGAGGUCGUCAAGGCCUGGGAGACUUUGCGCGACAGGUACAAUCUCGACCAAGCAGCUUGGGACAAUGCGACAUGGACCUUCCUGAAUUUCUUGCUUGGACGCGAAUACAGCUGCGUCGCGAGCAUGAGCAAGGCUAGGAAGAUGGGAUUUCACGAAUAUGCGGAUACAUGGGAAGAGUUCAAGCACACGUUGCAGGAGCUUGAAGCGGCGAAGAUGCUACCCCCUAUUCCACUUUGAAGGGUGACCAUCUUACGGGCUUGAUUAGAUUAGCAUCGCGACGGUGAUUUCGGCCGUUCGCGUCUCGAGACAAGUAAUAACAAGUAUCCGAGUAAAUUGUUCGAAUUUGAUAGCUAACAAGUCCUAUUGCUGAGAACGAAUGGAUGGCACCAAUACUUCAUUGUCAAUAUUCCGAGACCUCUUGCUCAAAAGCUCUGGCUCGAGAAAAGCCGUCAAGUGUUGAGAUGUGCGGAGGUCAAUCUCUAGUAGUUGAAACGGAGUAUACGGCUCGUUUAGAAGGAAGAGCUGCCUAUAACGAUUUCUUGGCAAUUCGCAAUUGACUUUGGGCGGAUUGUGAGAGGUCACGUCGUUGAACGAGCUACUCCUGAUAAUCCCUAUGUCUUGUACUGUUUAGCGGAGGGAUUGGCAGAAGAAAUUGGCUACUGAAGGAAUCCACUGUGAGGGGUGAU